AUGGACGAUGCUGUGCUGCCCGUUGACGCGGUGUCACCCGAGGUCCUCGCCGAGUACACGUACCGAGCCAACGCGCAGUUGCCGCCGGCGGACGCGCAGGAGUACCUCUGGCGGGUGCGGCAUGAGGCGGCGGCGCUGCCCGACGUCACAGCGGUGGCCAUCGCGUCGCUGCCACCGCCCGCGCCAACGACAAUCCACGACAUCUUCCUCCCCGACCUGCCGCCUUUCCCAGCCGACCGCGGGCUCUCGGCCGCGCGGGCCAUGGAGAUCACAUCCGACUUUGCCGACGUCCGACAGUACCUCGUGCAUGUCGAGACGAGCUAUGGGAUUCCGCGUACGAUGGCCGUGCCCAAGCUAGGAGACGAAGAUGGAUGGCGCAAGGUCUUUGCCUCGACGCCACCGCAUGUGCGCACCUUGGUGCAAAUGGACCAGAUCAUGACGCGCCGGCUGCUGCACACGAUGCUCCAUUGGCUCGAGGACGAUGAUGGUGACGUCCCCGCGCUGUCACGGCUGCGCGCUGUGUGGCUCUACGCGCUCCUGGCCCGCCUCGACAAGCCGCUCCUCGCCGACAUGGAUGCGUGCGUCCGAGACAUCUUUCGGUGGUGCUGGCGUGCGCGCAGCCUCGCCCCGUCGACCGCGAACGUUGACGCGCUCAACGCCGUGCUGUGCAUCUGCGGCUUUUUGGCCAAGGCGAGGCGCCGUGAUGAGUCAGUCGUCGUGUACACGCCCUACGCGUUGUAA